AUGACCUCUGUAUCAAUGAGUGCUUUAGGGUUUGCAGCACUAGCUCUGGCUGCUGGGGUAUGGGUGCUUGGAGGACGGCAUGCUGGAAAUGGGCGGGAGGAGAAGAAAGUGGCCCCUUCGGUGCAGAUCCCGAGUACCAUUGAAGUCAGUGACGAUGAGGAAGAUGAUCUAUGGGAGCACAUUGCUUCCAUUCUGGAGGCGCGAAAGCGGGGCAGUGGUCACUCGAAGCUGAGUGCUGAAGACGACGAGGAAGUCUGGCGCAUCAUUGAGCAGAUCGUGGCCGCCCGGGCGCGUUCACACCCAGCCUUCCAAUCCCCCGAUAAGGCCAGCACCCUCAGUGUGAAGGAGCUCCGGCGCUGGUUUGAGAGCCAGGCGGUGGAGCGCGCGGGUCAGUCUAAUUCUGCCAAAGCUCGGGGGGAAAGGGGCCUGCGAAAACCUGGAGAACUCGAGAAUGAACCCCUUGUGGAGGGUAAGAAUGGGCUCCACAGGCAGGGUGAGAAUGGGGUUCAGGGGCGGGGGCAGAAUGGGCACCGGGAAAGUAGUUACGGGGAGAAAAUCUCGGUUAAGGCCGUUUUAUCGGACGAAGAGUCGCCCAAUUCAAAGCGGGAGUGGGCGGCAUUGAAAGAGGCUGCGUUGCUUGGAAAUAAUUUUGGUCGGGCAGGAGGAGAGGAAGGAAGAGACGUGAAAAGUAAGGAAGAUCCACUAGGAGAGAGGAGAGAAGUCGGGACUGCUUCGACGGCGAGAAAAAAAAGCGAGGCAGAAGCAGCGGAGGCGGCCCCUAAGGCGAGUAAGAUUGUGCGGAGGCGAAAAUCGAUUCCGAGCGAGAGCGAUCUCAAUGCCAUGGUGGCUAACUUGGAUGAAAACGGGGGCCAGUCGGAAAGGGAAAAGGGAGAGGAGAGAAAGGAAGACGCUGAUGAAAGGCACUCAAAUGGAGAUCAGGGAAAGAAGGUGGCGGUCAACGGAGAUACUGGUUUGGAGCAAGUGUCCGUGUCGGGGGGGUCCGAAUACAGGGGUCCGGCCGGGGGGGAGGACAGGGUUGUGGUCUACAUGACGUCAGUGCGAGCGGUGCGCAAAACGUUUGAGGAGUGCGCGACGGUGCGUCAGAUCUUCCACGGCUUCAGCAUCGCCGUGGACGAGCGUGACAUCAGCAUCCACCUGCCGUACCGCCAGGAGAUGCGGGACCUUAUGGGGGGGCGCCUCGUCAACGUUCCGCAAGUGUUCAUCCGGGGAAAGCACAUUGGGGGAGUCCAGGAGGUGCGAUUUCUCGCGGACGAGAAAAAGAUGCACGAGCUUCUCGUUGGCAUGCCCAGGAUCAAGUUCACAGAGGAAUGCGGGGGCUGUGGGGGUGGAAAGUUUUUGCCGUGUGUCGACUGUCGAGGCAGCCGGAAGAUCAUAGUAGGGGACAAAGUAGAAACGUGCUUCGCGUGCAAUGAGUACGGGCUGAUACGGUGUCCAAUGUGCGCUUGA